AUGCCGUGGCUGUGCGGGGGGCAGUUCCGGCUGGGCUCGUCCUGCACGCAGAGGAGCAUCGUGGAUGUCCUCAACCUGCUGUUCCUCCUCUCCUUCUGCGCGGCGCUCGUCGCCAAGUCCUUCAAAAAGCAGUACACCAGGGACUGCGUCUUCGUGGUGGUGUCCGUCUGCUGCACCCUCACGGGGUUCGCCUACUUCGCCGCCGGCUUCUGGGCCAUUCUCCACGGUGGCGGCGGCGGCGCCCCCCUCGGCAGCGCCGCGGGGGCGGGGCUGCACUGGACCUGGGCGGUGUACUUCGUGAGGGGGCUCGUGUGGGUGGCGCUGGCGGCGUCCCUGCAGAUCCAGCUGACCAAGUGGAUGAAGGUGCUGGUCUCCCUCUGGUGGGUCUCCUUCUCCCUCCUCGUCUCCGCCCUCAACGUGGAGACCCUCGCGAGGACCCACAGCUUCCAUAUCCUGGACAUGGUCUCCUGGCCGGUGAACCUGCUGCUGCUAUUCUGCGCCGUCGCCGUCGCCGGCAACCUCUUCGACCAUGGCGCCGGCGGCGCCGGCGGCCUCUCACACCCGCUGCUAGGCGGCGCCGGCGAGAUCGCCGGCGGCCACCGGAAGUCAGAGCUCGCCCGCGCCGGCCUCCUCAGCCGGCUCACCUUCUCCUGGAUGAACCCGCUCCUCCGUGCGGGCUCCCGCAAGCCGCUGAACCUCGACGUCGUGCCGGCGCUGGACUGCGACGACGGCGCCCUCCGCGCCGGCGAGCUCUUCCUCCACGCCUGGAACGGCGUCCUCCAGGGAAAGAGCUUCUCAAUAACCAGCAACCUGGUCGUUCUCACGCUAGCCCGCUGCUACGCCAAGGAGAUGGCACUGGUAGGGGUCUACGCCUUCCUCCGCACCGUCGCCGUUGUGUUCCUCCCAGUGCUCCUCUACGCCUUCGUCCGCUUCUCCGACGGCGGCGGUGGCGCCGCCCCCCCGGGGGUGCUCCUCGUGGCCUGCCUCCUGGCGGUGAAGCUCGUAGAGUCCCUCUCGCAGCGGCACUGGUUCUUCGACUCCCGGCGCUUCGGCAUGCGCAUGCGGUCCGCGCUAGUGGCGGCCAUCUUCCGCAAGCAGCUCCGCCUGUCGAGCCGCGGGCGACGCCGCCACUCCCGCGGGGAGAUCGUCAGCUACAUCGCCGUCGACGCCUAUCGCCUGGCGGAGUUCCCCUGGUGGUUCCACAUGGCCUGGAGCCUCCCCCUGCAGCUCCUCCUCGGCGUUGCCGUCCUCUUCGGCAUCGUCGGCCUCGGCGUGCUCCCCGGCCUGGUGCCGCUCGUCCUCUUCGGCGUCCUCAACCUGCCCUUCGCCAAGAUCCUGCAGCGCUGCCAGUCGCGGGUGGUGGCAGCGCAGGACGAGCGCCUCCGCGCCACCUCGGAGAUCCUCAACAGCAUGAAGAUCAUCAAGCUGCAGGCGUGGGAGGAGAAGUUCAGGAGCGUGAUCCAGGCACUGCGGGACGCCGAGUUCAGGUGGCUCGCGGAGGCCCAGAUUAAAAAAGCCUACGGCAGCGGGCUCUACUGGAUGUCCCCGACCUUCGUCUCCGCCGUGGUCUUCGCCGGCUGCGCCGCGCUGGGGACGGCGCCGCUGGACGCCGGCACCAUCUUCACCGUCCUGGCGACGCUCCGCGUCAUGGCGGAGCCGGCGAAGAUGCUGCCGGAGGUGCUCUCCGUGAUGAUCCAGACCAAGGUCUCCCUCGACCGCCUCGACGCCUUCCUCCGGGAGGAGGAGCUCAACGACGAGGACGUCCUCCGGCGGAGCGCCGCCCCGGGAAGCUCCGACGUGAGCGUCUGCAUCACCGCCGGCGACUUCUGCUGGGAACCCGAUGCCCCCGCCCCAACCCUCCGGGGCGUCCACCUCGCCACCACCCGCGGCCAGAAGAUCGCCGUCUGCGGCCCAGUCGGCGCUGGCAAGUCCUCCCUCCUCGCCGCCGUCCUCGGCGAGAUCCCCAAGAUCGCUGGCACAGUGAGCAAACCAUCCUUAGAUCUCCUCCUUCCUCCGCUUCCCUGCAAGAAAAAAAAACCAUGAAAAACGAAGGAAAGGAAACCCUAACCGAGCUCGCCGGCGCCGCAGGUGGAAGUGUUCGGAUCGAUCGCGUACGUCUCGCAGAGCUCCUGGAUCCAGAGCGGGACGAUCAGAGACAACAUCCUCUUUGGGCGGCCGAUGAACAAGGCGAGGUACGAGCUCGCCGUCAGGGCCUGCGCGCUGGGCAAGGACCUAGAGAACUUCGACCAUGGCGACCUCACGGAGAUCGGCCAGCGGGGGAUCAACCUCAGCGGCGGCCAGAAGCAGAGGGUCCAGCUCGCCAGGGCCGUCUACAGCGACGCCGACAUCUACCUUCUCGACGACCCCUUCAGCGCCGUCGACGCCCACACCGCCUCCAUCCUCUUCCACGUGAGCAUCCCCUCCGCCGCCGCCACUCCGCUGCCCGCCGCCGCCGCCGCCAGCCAAGCUGAUCUCUUCUGUGGAUUGCAGGACUGCGUGAUGGCGGCGCUGAGGAAGAAGACGGUCAUCCUGGUCACCCACCAGGUCGAGUUCCUGACAGAGACGGACAAAAUCCUGGUAAAUGAAUCAUCCCCCACUUCCUGCACAUCAUCGUCUUCGUCGUCAAGAACUCACCGCCGCUGACCGUGGAAAAGCGCUCCCUCCCUCUGGCAGGUGAUGGAGGGAGGGAGGAUCACGCAGUCGGGGACCUACGAGGAGCUCCUCAAGUCCGGGACGGCGUUCGAGCAGCUGGUCAACGCCCACCAGUCGGCGCUGGCGGUGCUCGACUCCGUGGAGAAUAGGUACUACUGCAAAGGCGCCACCGCGACGGAACCGGAGCAGAAAGACCCCGCCGUUGCCGGCAAGGCGGCGCCGCCUGCCGCCGCCGCCGCCAAGGGCCUGUCGAAGACCCAACUGACGGCGGAGGAGGAGAAGGAGAUGGGAAACCUGGGUUGGAAGCCGUACGCCGACUACAUCGGCGUCUCGGGGGCCUCCCUCCUGCUCGGCCUGGUCAUCCUCUGCCAGUCCGGCUUCGUCGUCUUGCAGGCGAUAUCGACCUUCUGGCUGGCUAUCGCCAUUGAAAGGCCCCACGUGAGCAGCGGGACCCUGAUCGGGGUCUACGCCGUCUUCUCCAUCCUCAGCGGGGUCUCCGCCUACCUGAGAAGCUGGCUGGGCGCCCGCCUGGGCCUCAAGGCCUCCAAGGCCUUCUUCUCUGCCUUCAUGGACUCCCUCUUCAAGGCCCCCAUGCAGUUCUUCGACUCCACCCCCGUCGGCAGAAUCCUCACGCGGGUAAGUCCUGAUCCCAUCAAGAAAUCAAAAAAGUUUGGAUCUUUCCUUGAACAACACAGAAUAUAUAAAAAAAAAAGACGGGAUCUUUCUUUAAACGAUAAUCGAAUCGAUCUUCUAAGAAGUUUCAAGGGUGGGUUUUAAUGAUCUCCACAUAAUAUCAAAAAGCUUGGAUCUUUGAACCAUAAUCGAUUCUAUCUUCUAAGAUGUUUCAAGGGUUUUAAACCGAGAGUAGAAAAGAUCAGCAGUUCUCACCGGAUUUGUUUCUGACCGGAACUCGGAGAUUACGCAGGCAUCGACGGACAUGAGUGUACUUGACUUCAACAUCCCCUACUCCCUGGCCUUCGCGUUGGUGGCGGCGAUCGAGGUCCUGGCGACGAUCCUGAUCAUGACGGUAGUCACCUGGCCGGUCGUCGUCGUCGCCAUCCCCAUCAUGUUUUUCACCAGAUAUCUGCAGGUCAGUGACUCCACUUCAUUUCCGAUUCCUGCCACAAAAAAAGAAGAAAGAAAAAGGGACGAUCUUUCCGACGAUGGUGAUGGUGAUCUUGAAGAGGUACUACCUGGCGUCGGCGAGGGAGCUCAUCCGGAUCAACGGGACGACGAAGGCGCCGGUGGUGAACUACGCGGCGGAGACCUCCCUGGGGGUGAUGACCAUCAGAGCCUUCGGCUCAGCGGAGAGGUUCAUCCGCAACAACCUGAAGCUGAUCGACACCGACGCCACCCUCUUCUUCCACUCCAUUGCCUCCAUGGAGUGGCUCCUCAUGAGGGUCGAGGCCCUGCAGAACCUCACCAUCGUGACGGCGGCGCUCACAAUGGUUCUCCUCCCCCGCGGCGCCAUCGCUCCAGGUGACAUCUGAACCCCGCCCCUGCCCUCCUCGUCGUCUUCUUCUUCCUCUGAACUCCGCCCUCUUCCUCGUCUUCUUCCUCUGAGCUUCUGAGAUUCCAGGCUUCGUGGGGCUCUCCCUCUCCUACGCGCUGACGCUGACGACCUCCCAAGUCUUCCUGACACGGUGGUUCUGCAAUAUGGACAACCACAUCAUCUCCGUCGAGCGGAUAAAGCAGUACAUGAACAUCCCAUCGGAGCCGCCCGCCGUCGUGGAAGGAAACCGCCCGCCGCCAUCGUGGCCCUCCGAGGGGCACAUCGACCUGCAAGAUCUUCAGGUGGGCUCUCCUUCCUCCCUUUUCCUUCCUUCCUCCUCCUUCCUCGAGCUCUGUUAUGAGAAAGCUCUGGUGGGGUUACAGGUCCGGUACCGGCCGGAGGCGCCGAUGAUCCUCAAGGGCAUCUCCUGCACCUUCCGGGCGGGGAGCAAGGUCGGCGUCGUGGGGAGAACCGGCAGCGGGAAGUCAACUCUGAUCAGCGCCCUCUUCCGCCUGGUGGAGCCAGUCGGCGGCAGGAUCCUCAUCGACAACCUGGACAUCUGUUCCAUCGGACUGAGAGAUCUGAGGACAAAGCUGAGCAUCAUCCCGCAGGAGACGGCCCUCUUCGGCGGCAGCGUCAGAAGCAACCUCGACCCUCUGGGCCUGUACUCUGACCAGCAGAUAUGGGAGGUGAGCUCGACUAACCCUAAAAAGUCCCUGCAAGUUGAGAGGACAAUCUAGCAUCACAAACCAUACCUCCAUUGAAUUGCAGGCGAUAGAGAAGUGCCAGCUGAAGGCGAUGGUCAGCAGCCUCCCCAACCUCCUCGAUUCACCUGGUGAGCAGCACGGCUUCCUUCAUCUGAGCAAUCAGGACAUGGAGGCUGACGAGCUCUCUGCCUUCUUCCUCUGUUGACAGUGAGCGACGAGGGAGAGAAUCUGAGCGCCGGGCAGAGGCAGCUCUUCUGCCUGGGCCGGAUCCUGCUCCAGCGGAAUAAGAUCCUCGUGCUGGAUGAAGCCACCGCCUCCAUAGAUUCUGCGACGGACGCCAUUCUUCAGAGAGUCAUCAAGGAGGAAUUCUCAAGUUGUACAGUGAUCACCAUAGCUCACAGAGUUCCCACAGUCACAGACAGCGAUAUGGUCAUGGUUCUAUCCAACGGUACGCCAUCAGAAAUUCUCUUCCUUUCACGUUUUCUAUCCUUUCUUUUUCCCUUCCCUUAUUGAUCAGAAACCAUGUUCAUAACACAAAUCAUGAUAUCAUGAGUUCCGUAGAAUGAACUCAGAAGAAAACGAAUCAGUCGCAAAAAAGGAAAUGUAUCUCGAGAAUUAAGUCAGAGGAAAAGGAACUUGUGGUGAUUUGAUGAUUGUUGGACAGGAAUGUGGUAAUCUGCAAUACACAAUCAUAGAACAGUAUCAUGAGUUUCAUAGAAUGAACUCAGAUGCAAACGAUCAAGUCAGAGGCAAAGAGAGAUGCAGAGAGAGAGAGAGAGAGGACAUACCCUGCUGAGGUGAUUGAUUCACUGGAAAUGAAAAACGGGUUCCAUCCAUGGCUCUCGAGCAACUUGUUGGGCUAUGGAAAAGGGAGCAGGAAUAAGAUAGACAGAUGCUUGAUCUUCAUCUCCGUCUGAGAAUCCUUGUGGGUUUGUGCAGGGAUGGUGGUGGAGUACGAUAAGCCAACGAGGCUCAUGGAGACGAACUCCGCCUUCUCCAGGCUCGUGGCAGAGUACUGCGGUCCGAGUGCGAGAGAAGCACCGUCGACAGGGUAA